AUGGACACGACGGAGGAACUCGCCGCUACGAACACGACGGUUGCUAAUUUUGUUGACCGUCAAAAAUUCGUUGAUGUGAAUCGAAAUGAGAAGAAAAAAGACGAAGAUAAAGUCGGCUCCAAUGACGGUAAUCGGAUGAAAAGUACGACGAAAACUGUAAUAAUCAAUCGUGUCAACAAUAGCGCAGUAAAGAAACACGAGCGAUAA